AUUUAUUGACAUUGAGAUCGCGUUCACCAUUUCGGCCUUUCUAAUGACAUCGAGUUCUAACGAAAGUUUCUGAUUUGAAAUGAUGAGCGGAAUGAGAAACAACGUGAUAUUCUUUACACUGUUGUUCACCAGCCUGAAUUUCAACAUUGCAAGGACGAUUAAUAACAACUAUUCGAAAAAUUGUCCGUCCAAUGAAGAUGAUUAUUAUUUACCUUCCGAUAUAGAACCCCGACAUUAUGAAGUUAAUCUAAUUAAACUGCAGGACAACAUCUUUGAUGGGGAGAGCAAAACAUUCAUCGACGUAAUCCAUGAAACCACAAACAUUAUUUUUCACGGUUACAACUUAUACAUAGACGAAGAAACAAUACUGCUAAGGAACAUAUAUUUUACCACUCCUAAUUACUCAUCGCCAAACGGAAAUUUAAAGGAAGUCAGUUAUUGCGCAAAAUCGCAGAUUUAUAUUCUAAAAUUCCACAAGAAGCUAUUUCCUGGGUUUUACACGCUAAUCAUGAAGUUCAAAGCCUAUCCGGACGGCAACUAUGGCUGGAUACCGAUCCUAAGCUCGAAGUAUGAUUCAAAACCGACCGGGGCUCGAGGUGUGUUUCCGUGUUGGGAUGAACCAAUAUUCAAGGCAACUUUUACCCUCACCUUCGUACAUUCGAGCACAGCCAUGUCCUUCUCAAGUAUGCCGUUGAAGGAUCUAAAUGUAUUAUCGGACGAGAAAGUAAUGACGACCUUCUACCCUACACCGGAGAUGGCCGUCUACCUAAUGACGAUCAUGCUUGUUGAAUUCACUGUAGAAGCCAUUAACUGCGAUAACAUUACAGUAUGGUACAAAUGGGACCAGAUGUCGUACAAAUGGGACCAAAUGUACAUCGCAAGGAUUGCCAACUUGACCGAUAACUUUUUAAGUGAUUACACAGGUCACUUGUGGGAGAAAAUGGCGACCAAUAUCAUAGCGUAUCCGAAUUUCCCGAAUAAUGCCGUGGGAUCAUGGAGAAUCGCAAUUUUCAACGAGGAACAUCUUUCCUACGAACCGGAUUUCCAUUUUCCCGGCCGCAAACUCGAAGUAUGGAAGUUGCUAGCAAACCAAAUGGUACAACAAUGUAUCGAUAGUUUAAUCAUCCCACUGAAGAGUUCUUACAUAUGGUUCAGCCAAGCAUUGGCAAAUUUUCUCAGUUAUAAAAUCAUUGGAAAGGAGUAUGGAGAGGACGUUAUGAGGCAACUUUUUGUAGUACAAGUGCAACAACCUAUUAUGCACGACGAUAUUGCACUUAAUAUAUCAUCUAUUAUAACAGACGAUGAUCCAUUUUAUUCUCAUCUUAUUUACAAGAAAGCAUCCGUUUUAAUAAAAAUGUUGGAAUACAUCAUUACCGAGGAGAAAUUGCAGGAAGCAAUCGAACAGUAUUUAAACGCUUACGAAUUCGCCACACCGUUCGGUUUCCUGAAGAUCGUGAACAAAAUAUAUGAAGAAAAUUAUACAGGACUCACUAUAGGGGAAAUAAUGAAAAUCUGGCUGUCGCUAAGACGCUAUCCAACAUUACUUCCUCAACUCGACAAUGGUGGUAUGAAAAUAAUCGUCUUAUCUUAUGACGCAAAAUAUAUCAGUUACGAACAAAAGAAAUGGCCGAUACCUCUAAUAUUCACGACACAAAGUAGUUGUAAUUUCUCGCGGGAUUUGCCUAUAUUAUGGAACCAAAAUCGAUCGCAGAAUGAUACUUCUCUGCAUAUUGCAAAACCCGACCCGGAAGAUUGGUUUAUACUCAAUGUACAACAAUUCGGCUACUAUCGCGUCAACUACGAAUUUGACAAUUGGAUAAAACUAGCGGAUUUCCUAAACAACGGCGAACACACGAAGAUACAUGUUCUAAAUCGUGCUCAGAUCAUCGAUGACGCGUAUCAUCUUGAAAUGCAGAAUGAAGUCAAAUAUGGAGUCUUCUACAGGCUGAUCGGAUACUUAAAGAAAGAAAGGAAUUUCAUAGUAUGGCAUUCUAUGAUGAAUAUCCUGCAUUAUAUGUCGCCUUUCUUCAACUAUCCAGAGAGUAAAUAUUUCAAGAUCCUUAUGUUGGACAUCAUGAGAAACGUUUUAUCGACCCUCGGAUACAACAAAGAUUCUAAAGACGAUGACAUGUUAAAAGCAACACAGUUGUUACUCCUCAAUUGGGCGUGUAAACAUGGCCAUGAUGAAUGUAGAGAGAGGGCCCACGAUAAACUACUAGCACACCUACAUAAUCCGGAGGAGAAUAAAAUUUCGCCGGGAUGGGAAGACUGGACGUACUGCGCAGGCAUCAUGAACGUCAACAUCACCGAUUGGAAUAAAUCCUUGAUGCCUAAUAUCAGCCGUGAUAAAAUAAUGUUAAAUCAAAUAGUGUGCGUUGAAGAUGAACACUUAGUCCAAGAGUUAAUAACACAGGUUGCAUUAAAAUCUCAUAGUAAAUGGAUAAAUGUGAAAGAUGCAGUGCUAACGAAAUUAUAUCUUGACCUUGUGAAGAGGCACGCGAGGAAGCCUCGAGUGCUUGAUUUCAUUCUGACCAAUUUUGCUGCAAUAAUCAAAGGUCAUAUGACCCACAUGGAGGGAAUAGCUCAUCUUAUUAUGAGCGUUUAUUCCAAAUGCCAACUUAACAAGAUAUCGAGCUACCUGGAGGAAGAGCAUAUGAACGGCUUAAAAGAUAAUCAAAACACUAGUGACGAGGUCAAGGAAACGGAACAAGUUAAAUGGUUGAUAGAUUUUCGGUUGAGACAGAUAAAUCAGCAGAAGAUAAUAUUCAUGCAACGUUUCAACAAUGGCACAGUUAUAGACGACUUAAUUAAUAUUAGUGGAACGAAAAUUGACGUGAUGUUCUUCACGCUGUUAUUCAUCGUCAGUUUGACGCCAUUUAACGCCGCAAUGACGAGUGACGGGAGCAAAUAUUUGGAAGGUUGUCCACCCAAUGCACUCGAUUAUCGUUUACCGCUUGAUGUAAAACCUCGAACUUAUAAGAUUAAUCUGUCUUUGUCGAAUACCAUCAUCGUCGGGACGAGCAGUACGAUCAUCGCGGUAAAUAGUAGGACCCCAUAUAUUACUAUUCACGCUUACAACUUGAUCAUAAAUAUAAGUACUAUAGUACUGUACAAGAAUGAAGAAGACGACAACGGUCAAUACUCAGUCAAAGUGGACGAAGUAGAGAAACUUAUUUAUUGCAAAGAAACACAGGCUUUUCUCCUCAAAUUCUAUAACGAAAUAUCUCCCGGCAUUUAUACGCUUGACAUGGCUUUCGAAGGCAUCCUGAGCAACACACACGGCUUCGUAGCGUUCCAAAGUUUAAAAUAUGAUAAACAGCCGUCGUACAUAACGCUGCUCAGACCGACCGGGGCUCGAAGUGUGUUUCCGUGUUGGGAUGACCUGACGUUCAAGGCAAAUUUCAACAUCACCUUCAGGCGUUCGUAUUUCAACAAGAUAUUCUCGAGCAUGCCGUCUGCAUAUGAAGUGGUAUCAGCGGAUGGGGAAACAAACAUCGUUUUCCAAACUACACCAGCGAUAUCCACCUACCUCGUGAUGAUCGUGCUUGUCAACUUCAAUCUAGAAACCAGAGACAACAAGGACGUUGUAAUGUGGUACAAAUGGAACGAGAAGAGCCAAAUUUUAGUCACUGAGAGGGUUAUUAAAUUGGCCAACAGCUUUUUAACUGGCUACACGAACAAUUUGUGGGGAAAAUGGAAGAUCACUGUUGUUGCGUAUCCGAAUCUGCCGGUUGACGCCGAGGGAUCAUUGGGAUUUAUGAUUUUCAGAGACAAACGUGUCUUCUACGAAGCGGAUUCCCAUUUUCCCGGACACAAACUCGACAUAUGGAAGUUGAUAGGGAAGCAGAUGACACAACAAUGCAUCGAGAGCUACGUCAGCCCGACGGAAUGGUCUCACCAGUGGUUCAGUCAUGCUUUCGCGACAUAUCUCAGUUACAAAAUCGCUGGGCAGGACUAUAGCGAGGACCUUAUGAUGCAACUUUUUGUUGUGCAAGUGCAACAGCCUGCUAUGCACAACGAUAUUGCAUUUAAUGUAACACCUGUCAUACAUGAAUACGAUCCGAUUUACUCCAUUUUCAUCUAUAAAAAAGCAUCCGCUCUAAUAAAGAUGUUUGAACAUAUUAUCCCAGAGGGGCCAUUGCAACAAGCUUUUGCGGAGUACCUUAGUGCAUAUGCGUACAGUUCCGCCAUACCGAGCGAUUUCUUCAAGAUCCUGGAGAGCCACCUGCAUAAAUUCAAUUAUAUAUAUCUCCGUAACAUAGCGGAAGUAAUGCAUAUCUGGCUGUCACGAAGAGGCUUUCCGAUAUUGUUCGUUCAAGAAUUUGAUUCUGACACAGUUAUAUCUUAUGAGGUUAAAAGUGAGGAACAAGGCUGGCCGAUACCUGUAACUUUCACGACACAGGACAGUCUUGAUUUCAUAACAGGGGACUUGCCUAUAUUGUGGAUAAAUAACAAUUCGUCACGAAACGAUGACAGUACUCUGAAUAUUUAUCUGCGCAAUAUAGAAAACUGGUUCAUAUUCAACGUGCAACAAUUCGGCUAUUAUCGUGUGAAUUAUAUAUACUCCAACUGGAAAAAAAUUGUGGAUUACUUGAACACGGAGAAUUACACACAGAUACACGUCCUGAAUCGUGCUCAGCUGAUCGACGAUGCGUUUCACUUUAUAAUGAAAAACAUGUUACAAUACGACAUUUUUCAACGACUGACAGAUUAUCUAGUGCGAGAGACUCAUUUUAUACCGUGGCACACUAUGAUGAAUGUCCUGCAGUACAUGUCGCCUUUUUUCAACUACCUAGAAAGUAAAACUUUCAAGGAUCAUAUGUUGUUCAUCAUGGGUGAAGUUUUGAAUACGAUCGGAUACGACGAACAUUCUACGGACGACGAAAUGUCGACAGCGACACGGUUAUUACUCUUGAAUUGGGCGUGUAAACACGGCCAUGCCGAAUGCAGGGAGAAGGCUCGCAAAAAACUAAUAGCAUAUAUCGAGUAUCCGAAGGACAAUAAAAUUUUGCCGGGAUGGGAAGACUGGACGAACUGUGCAGGCAUCAUGAAUGCUGACAACACCAUUUGGUACGAAGUGAUGCUUAAUAUCAUGCAUGGGUAUGAUAAGGUAAUGUUAAAUUACGCGGUAUGUGUCGAAGACGAGCACUUGGUCCAAGAGUUAUUGGCAUUGGCCACAUUCAGGCCUGAUGAUAAAUGGACAAAAUUGGGAGAUGCAGAGCUAAGGAAAUUUUUUCACGAUCUUGUGAGGAAGCAUGCGAGAAAGCCUCAAGUGCUCGAUUUUAUUCUGAAGAAUUUCAAUGAAAUAUCGUACGGUCGCAUGACUUACGUGGAAGGGAUGGCUGAAAUUAUUAUGAGCGUCUACUCCAAAUGCCAACUGCGCAAGAUAUGGAAAUAUAUGGAAGAAGAGAAUAACCAGAACGCAGAAACGAAGGAACGAGUUAAAAGUUUAUUAAAUUUGCGAUUGCGUCAAAUAAAUGAGGAGAUAAACAAAUUUGUACAUCCUUUCUACAUCCUUUCUGGUGACGCUUUUACGGACAACUGUUGAUUAAACUACUGAACAACUUAGCAAAUGUAUGAAUAUCUUAACUCGUAUAAAUAAAUUUCAACGAUAACUUUGCAAUUUGGGCCAUAAUUCAUUUUUCGUAAAAUAAAUC